AUGUCUACUGUACUAUACAACACAAAUUCCACGUUUAUACAACGAUACCAGAGGAAUAAUCUUCGUCAGAAUAAGAGUGCAUUAAUAAACAAAGAUGGUGUACUAACUAAUGCAACCACUUCAGAGGUAGAUGAUGAUCCCUUUGUUUCAAAAUACUCCAAAGAUUCUCCAAAAUAUUUGCAUCAGUUGUGCUGUUUCUACUUACCUUCAUCUUUGCAUCAACGAAUUAGGAAUUUAAAGGCCUCACCAGACUUAGAAAUAAUGGCGUUGGUAGUAUUGAUUUACAAAAACUUCAUUAGUCAUUGGUAUGGCUCCAAAAUUCCAACAAAAGAUACACAGUUUGCAACAGAAAUAUAUAAUAUUGUCGAAAAGCUUAUAUCUUAUCUUCGAAAAAAAUCACAUAUAAAUAUUAAAUCUAUUCUUUUGAAUGAAUUUCCCUUAUUAUUAUCAACUCAUAUAUGUGCCUUGCGUUCCAUUGAUGAUAAAUAUAAUAUGAAUCAUAUCGAUAUCUACAAACGAUACUCCCAAUUAACUUUAUAUGAAGAGGAUACAUAUCCCUAUGUAAUAACAAUUCUCAUACAACGAUCUUUGAACAACACAUCACUUCUUCAAGGUACGUUUAUAGAUGCGCUAUUCAAUCAGUUGUUACUCGGGAGGGUAUUUGAUAGUGUUGCAGAACCUUAUUAUGUUUUAAGGAGUAUUUCAAAAUGUUGUAACAAAAUAAUGGAGAGGAAGAACACAAAAGAUUUAUCUACACAUGAACAAUAUUGGACCAAGAUAAAGACAAAACUUUCUCAAGUAAGGAAAAUGGUAACCUAUAUUUUAUCGUACGAUAAUCGUAAUAACGAGAGCAAUUAUGACUCAGUAAUGAACAAUUAUAUUACCCAUACAUGGUUUGUUGACUUACUUCAAUUAGAAAUAAGAAAACCUUUACUGUACUCAACACUGAAAUUUUUACAAAAUAUAUUCUCAAAAUCUACUACAUUAAACAAGAUUUCUAAUAAUGCAUUAGAUAAUUUAAUAUAUAAAAAAUUAAUGGAUUCAACCACGGUCUCGUCUUUAACGAGACUUAUAAGGCACACAUUAUUUCCACACGAUAAUCUUAUGGGGCCACGAACUGCGAUACCUACAGGGGGCGACUUUGAAGUAUUUAAGAAUGAGAUAAUAGAAGAGCUAUGGGAAGUAUGCAAAAUAUUCAAAGGGACCCUAAUAUUAAACAUAACGAAAGAGGAUAUUCGAGAUUUUGUCAAUUCUAUUUGUGUCAGUAAAGAAUGCAACAAGAUAUUGAUGUUUAGACUGGCUGAUUGUAUACUUGCCCAUAUCACUGAUGGUAAUAUCAUGGAAAAUGACUCAUAA